AUGAGCAAGGUUUACGACGUUAUCAUCGCCGGUGCAGGGCCCAUCGGGCUCUUCCUAGCCUGCGAGCUAGGGCUAGCACGCGUGUCUGUGCUAGUCCUCGAGCGUGAUCUCAAGGUUGAAUCGCAAUGGAAAGGCGAACCUCUCGGCUUUCGUGGCAUGAAUACGCCAUCACUCGAAAACUUCUAUCGGCGGGGACUCCUAGGCAAGCUCUUUGGCCCCGACGAGCGGCCCUCAUCUUACCAGAAAAAACCGGGCUUCCAAUUCGGCGGUCACUUCGCUGGGAUAAUGCUCAACGCCAACAAAUUGGAGAUGGACCGCUGGAAGUAUCGCAUCCCUGGACCGGCCUUGGUUCCCGGGCCUACAACCAUCGCGCGUGUCGAGGCCGUUCUGACGGAACGUGCCGAGCAAUUAGGCAUUACCAUCCUGAGAGGUAACGGUGUCACAAAAAUUCUGUCGGAUGAGCAAGGUAUCGUCACAGUGGAAGCUGGAGAUAACCAGACGUUUCGCGGGAAGUGGCUCGUGGGAUGCGACGGCGGGCGAAGCAUAGUUCGCAAGGCGGCAGGGUUCGACUUUGUCGGGACAGAGCCUAAGUUCACGGGCUACGUCGUCCAAUGCGAAUGGGAUCACCCAGAGAAGUUGAAACCCGGCUUUCAUAUCACCAAUGUCGGGCUGUAUAUUAUAAGGUUGCCCGACACUCUCUAUCUGACCGACUUCGAUGGCGGUGCGUUUGAUCGCACGGGGGAAGUUGAGCAACAGCACAUUCAAGAUGUCUUCCGCCGCGUGUCGGGAAUCACAGAUGUCAAUAUUACGAAGAUACACCUCGCAUCAACGUUUACCGACCGGUGCAAACAAGCAACGUGCUAUCGCAAGGGUCGUGUUCUGCUUGCUGGUGAUGCCGCCCAUAUCCACGGACCUCUUGGUGGCCAGGGCAUGAACCUUGGGCUGGGUGAUGCUAUGAAUCUGGGCUGGAAGCUUGCUGCGACCAUACGAAGAGAAUCCAAGAACGAAGGUAUUCCUGCGGACCUGGCACUGCUCGAUACAUACCACGGUGAGCGCCAUCCAGCGGGAGCCCGCGUGCUUCAGUGGACGCGAGCACAAGUGGUCGUGUUGCAGCCUGAUCCCUACGGCGAAGCUGUGCAGGCGCUCAUUCGCGACCUCAUCGACACUCCCGACGGCACUAAUUUCUUCAUCGGGCGCUUCUCGGGCAUGUCUGAACGAUACAUACUUGGCGACGGCGAGGCGUACGCUCACCCACUUGUCGGCUGCAGCGCUCCGGAUUUUGAGUUGCAUGACGGCUCGAGACUGGGAUCCAAGCUGGGAAGGGGUCAGGGACUUCUCAUCGAUUUUCAGAAUGAUUCAGUUUUGAAGCAGUUGGUCUUCGACGGGAAGUAUGAGAGCAGAGUGGAAUACAUUGGGAUCGGCGCACAGGACACCCGAGGACUUCGUGCAUUAUUAGUUCGACCGGAUGGGAUUGUUGCUUGGGUGGUUGAAGAUGAUACAAAGCCAGACAUCGCCGCGGCCAAGGUGGCCCUAGACCGGUGGUUUGGGUCAUAG